UUGUAUAUUGCUUCAGUUUACUGAACUCUAAUUUCUAGAAAAUGUCAGGACGCGGUAAGACCGGUGGCGGAAAGACAAGGGCAAAGGCCAAGACCCGCUCAUCUCGUGCCGGGCUCCAGUUCCCCGUCGGCCGCGUUCACAGGCUGUUGAGAAAGGGCAACUACGCCGAGCGUGUCGGGGCCGGGGCCCCCGUCUACCUGGCGGCGGUGCUCGAGUACCUGACCGCUGAGAUCCUGGAGUUGGCCGGGAACGCCGCCCGCGACAACAAGAAGACCAGAAUCAUCCCACGACACCUGCAGCUGGCCGUCCGCAACGACGAGGAGCUCAACAAGCUGCUCGGCGGAGUCACCAUCGCCCAGGGCGGCGUGCUGCCCAACAUCCAGGCCGUCCUCCUGCCCAAGAAGACCGAGAAGGCCGUCAAGGGAAAAUAAGACGCACUCAAUACAUACACCUACUUCAACGGCUCUUUUAAGAGCCACCCACGUCUACUUUAAGACCUCGUUCCUUAUUCUAACAGUCAAGCUACGCAUUAACGUUAACCUCAUACUACAUAGAUCUACACUACCUCACAUUAACCUUUAUCCCUAAAUUUAUCAAGGAAUUUUCAAGUCUCAGCCAAAUAAAAUCUGAGUCUUGUUGAGCUUUGUGACCAACAAAAUAAAGAGUGUCUCGAAAUGUC